AUGCCGACAAUCCCAAAAACGUUUGUCGACAAUCCACCAGAAGAUUAUAUGGAUAAUAUAAGAUCCCGUGCACGCCAGCUUCCACGAAGUGUUCGCUCCUAUUUCUCUCAAUUGUGUCCCAUUGUUUCCUGGCUGCCCAAAUACAACUUGGUCUGGUUAUCGAGUGAUAUUAUAAGUGGGCUAACGGUGGGCUGUAUAGUUGUUCCGCAAUCAAUGGCUUAUGCAAAACUUGUUGGAUUACCCGCACAGUACGGCCUUUACACAAGCUUUGUCGGUUGUGCCCUUUAUCCUUUAAUAGGAACAUCAAAAGAUAUUAAUAUCGGCACCACGGCCAUUCAAGCUCUAUUCUUGGGCCAGGUUUUUGCUACUGUGCAGGAAACGCCCCAGUAUCAAUCCGGACUUUGGACUGACCAUCAGUUUGCCAUAACCAUGUCAUUUUUCGCUGGCAUCAUUACCCUCGGAUUGAGCUUACUCCAACUUGGCAUAUUAUUCAACUUUAUUUGCCAGCCAGCCGUCUCAGGAUUCAUGGCCGGCAGCGCAGUAACCAUCAUUAUUAGCCAGCUAGGAAAGAUACUAGGCAUUCAUGUUAACACGAACGAAGCGCCCUAUCUGAUCUUUGGUUACACCCUCAAAGAUUUGCCCCAUACCAAGGUUGAUGCAAUUUUCGGUAUUCUCUCAUUGGUCUGGCUCUAUGGAGUCAAGUAUGCAUGUAAACACCUUGCGAAGCGCUACCCACAUCAUAAGCGCAAAAUUCUCUACUUUAGCACGAGUCGCAACAUACUGGUCUUAUGUUUUACUACAAUUCUGUCGUGGAUGAUCAACCACAUUGGUCAGUAUGCGGAGAGUCCGUUCGCGAUCCUUGGCCCCGUGCCUCCCGGUUUUCAAGAAAUGGGUGUACCACAAUUAGAUGCUAGUCUUGCUGCUCACGUUUUACCCAAUUUUCCAAGUAUGGUGGUCCUUCUUAUCAUGGAGCAUUGUUCCAUAGCCACUAGUUUGGGCAAGUCAUCCGAUUAUCGGAUCAACAUUAAUCAAGAAAUUUUAUCACUGGGGUUGACCAAUGUAUUUGGUUCGUUCUUCUCAGCCUUUCCAGCUACCGGAAGCUUCUGCCGAAGUGCUGUCGCAAGCAAGUCCGGUGCUAAAACACCACUCAACAACACCGUAGUGGCCAUCGUCGUCAUACUGGCGCUGUAUGCGCUUACGCCUGCAUUUCAAUUUAUCCCAACAUCAAGUCUAGCGGCCGUGAUUGCUCAUGCGGUCUCUGAUCUAGUCGUGGGGCCUUCGGUUUGGAGGCGUUUUUGGAGCGUACAUCCAUCCGAGUUCCUUAUUUUUACAUGUGCCUUUAUCAUUUCGCUGUUUGCACGCCUCGACAUCAGCAUCUACGUCGCCGUCAUAAUUUCCAUUGCCGUUCAGCUGUACCGCAGUGCACGUCCUAACUAUGCAGUCCUUGGUCGUAUGGAUACCUUGCAUACAAGUGACAGCAAAACUUGCGAGAAGACAUCAUCACCAGCAUCAUCAGCAUCACCAUCAAAAUCAACACGAGCCGAGGAUGAGCUUGAUGCGCUAGCACACAGCAAAUUUUUUUCUUUCACGCAUCCAAUGCUUGGCCAGUACGCAAAGCCAAUCGCCCCUGGGGUUACGGCGUUCCAACCACGAGACAAUUUGGUUUUCGAAAACUCACUGUUUUUGACAGAGAAACUGCUGGACGAAAUCAAACGUACAACGCGCCGUGGUAAGCCCCUGGCCGAAAAGGUCGGAGACAGACCCUGGAACAAUGCAGGCGGCGUAAGCAAGACCAUGAACAGACCGCUAUUACAUUCAGUCAUUAUGGACCUGACUGGCGUGCAUCAGAUGGACUACUCCGGAAUAGAAGACCUCAAAGCGGCUGCCAACCAAGCAGAACGAUAUUCAGGCAGACCCGUUUCUUGGUUCUUUGUGCUCAAUGACUCGUUGGCUGUGCGAAAGUGUUUGCUGUUUGGUGGUUUCGGUAAUCAAGAGCGUAAACCUGGUGGUCCCUUCCGAUCUGAUCUCAGAAAAAGAAGCGACGAAGAUAACGGUUAUAAGGACAGUGAUGCUAAUGAUGAUGACCGAAGUUCCUCGUCCAUUGAUGGAGGCAGCAUCGCUAGUGACGGUACCAAUAAGGAGCUGCAAGUGGUCGAAAUUGAGGAUACGCGCAAGCCUUCAAAAAAGGACGAAUCGAUCGUGUCGUAUGAUAAUAUUUGUGUUCUGGACGAUAACAUGGGUCAUUGCACCAUUUCGGAGCUCGAUGAUGUUUAUCCCUACUUUUUCUUUACCAUGCGCGAUGCAGCUGUUGCCGCAUGUUCUCGACACGCAGGUCCAGAAGAACACGCUUUGCCAUCAUCAAUAUCAUCAAUCAAGGCUGACGCUUCGAAUAUGAAUGAAGAAAAAAACAUUGAGAAGCAGUAAUUUUAACCACAAUUCUCAUCUGAAUCUUUCUUAUCCCUUUUUUAGCUUACUAAGUAUGUAUAAUUAGCCAUCAUUGGGCCUCGUCAAAGUUGGUUGGACCUGGAAAUUUACAGGUGUCGCUGAUAAAAAAUAAAAACCAAUAAAAAUGGUCCAGGAAAAAUUUACUUUGACG